AUGUGCUUCUGGACAAAGCCUUCUGUAUCCUGGGUGCCCUUGUUCCUUCUACUCAGCCUUGAUCCCUCGACUGAGACAGAAAAACCCUCAACUCAGGACAGCAGCAGUACUUGGAGUCCAGGGCAACUGACGGAAGUUCUACGGGUUCUCUCUGCUGAUGACCCCCGUCCCCUGAACCACUCAAGAAGCCUCAUCAGAACAUUGCUGGAGAAAACUGGAUGCCCACGGAGGACAGAUGGAAGGCAAGGAGAUUGCAAUCUGUGCUUUGAACCGGAUGCCCUGUUACUAAUAGCUGGAGGAGAUUUCGAGGAUCAGCUCAAAGAGGAAGUGAUCCAGCGAGUUUCUCUUCUCCUCCUCUAUUACAUCAUUCAUCAGGAAGAGAUUUGUUCUUCUAAGCUCAACAUGAGUAAUAAGGAAUAUACAUUUUACCUGCAUAGCCUUCUCAGCCUCAGGCAGGAUGAAGACUCCUAUUUCCUUUCACAGAAUGAGACGGAAGAUAUUCUGGCUUUCACCAGGCAGUACUUUGACACUUCCAGAAACCAGUGUAUGGAAACCAAAGUGCUGCAGAAAAAAUCUGGAAUCCUAAGCAGUGAUGGUGCUGAUGAAAACACCCUUCCCCAGUUGGCAGCAACAAUCAUUGCUUUGUCCCUCCAAGGCAUUUGUCUGGGACAAAGAAACUUGCCUCCCCCAGACUAUUUUACAGAAUACAUUUUCAGUGCCUUGAAUAGUACGAAUACUCUUCACCUAUCCGAACUAGACAAGCUCCUCAACACUCUCUGGACUAAAAGUACCUGUAUCAGAAAAGAUAAAAUCCAUCACCUUAGAAGGAAACAAAACAGCCUAACAAUUCAUGAUGGAGACUACCCUAAUCUAUCUGUAUCCAUGGACCCAGAAUCAGAAGAUGGUCCAAUUUCCUGGGAUCAGACUUGCUUCUCUGCCGGGCAGUUGGCGAACAUAUUUCUACAGAACAAGCGUUCACCCAUUUCUAAGGAGGACUUUAAGCAAUUGAGUCCAGGAAUCAUUCAGCAAUUGCUCAGCUGUUCUUGCCAGCUGCCCCAGAACCAACAAGCAAAGAUGGCACCCACCACGCUGGAGAAAUAUGGCUACAGCACUAUGGCGGUGACGCUGCUUACGCUGGGCUCCAUGCUUGGGACGACACUGAUCCUUUUCCACAGCUGCGAGGAGAACUACAGGCUCAUUUUACAGCUGUUUGUGGGCCUGGCUGUUGGGACACUUUCUGGGGAUGCUCUGCUCCACCUCAUCCCUCAGAUUCUUGGCUUACAUAUGCAGGAAACCUCAGAGUUUGGACAUUUCUAUGAAAACAAAGGGCAUAUUUGGAAACUGUUGGGAUUAAUUGGAGGCAUCCAUGGAUUUUUCUUAAUAGAAAAAUGUUUUAUUCUUCUUGUAUCACCAAGUGCCGAGCAGGACAUGUCAUUGGUUAACGGGCAUGUGGCGCAUUCCCGCCAUCUUGCAUUCAACCCUGAAUUAAGUGACCAGUCAGGCAGAGGCAAAUCUGCUUCAACUAUCCAGUUGAAAGGCCCAGAAGAUGCACAGGCAGCUGAAAUUUCUAUACCUAGUCUGAACACCCCCAACAGAAAAUGCAAAACCAUUAGCUUGCUAGCAAUAAUGAUUCUGGUUGGGGACAGCCUGCAUAAUUUUGCAGAUGGCCUAGUAAUAGGAGCAGCCUUCUCCUCUUCGUCUGAGGCGGGAGUGACCACGACUAUUGCUAUCUUGUGUCAUGAAAUUCCCCAUGAAAUGGGAGACUUUGCUGUGCUCCUAAGCUCUGGACUUCCUGUUAAGAUUGCCAUCCUGAUGAAUUUUAUAAGUGCUUUAACUGCCUUCAUAGGACUGUAUAUUGGCCUCUCAGUAUCAACGGAUCCAUGUAUUCAAAACUGGAUCUUAACAGUUACUGCCGGGAUGUUUUUAUAUUUAUCCUUGGUGGAAAUGCUUCCUGAAAUGACUCAUGUUCAAACACAGCGACCCUGGUUGAUGCUUCUCCUGCAAAACUUUGGACUGACCCUAGGUUGGCUUUCUCUCUUCCUCUUGGCUAUAUAUGAGCAAAAUAUUAAAAUAUAA